UUUGGGCUGUUUUUGUUAGUUUGGAAGCAUCAGGAGCAACAAAAACCUUCACUGAUCUCCUACAGCUCACACAGGAACCAUGUCCGACAUCGCAACCAUUUAUAAACUGUCUGUAAUCGUGUGUACGCUGCUGGUCGUUUGUGUGAAUAGUUUAAGAUGCCCGGUGUUGGAGUGCUGGUUUGUUCAGGAGAGGCCGGGUCGUGGUGGUUUCUCAGGAGGAAUGAGUCAGGAGAAAUCUCUACUGUUCAUCAGAACCGGUGACGACGGUCAGACGACCGAGCAGAAACCUGCGGCCGACAUCGACCCCUCCAGGAUCUACCACAUCAACGAUCCUGCUGCCACCUUCUGCCAUUCCGCGCUCCACCCACCGGCGGGCUCGGUCACCAAACCCCAGUGUGAGAUGAACCCCUUCAGCCCUCAAGCUUCCAUGGUCAAAUGGGCCGCUGCGCUCACGGAAUCUGCCCAGAGUCCCGUCUACCUGGACGCCACCUGGUUUUCUGUAGCUGCGCAUGGUCUGAAUAGAGAAGUGAUCCUGUCCAACGUGAUGAGGGCGCCGUCAGGGUCCAAGGAACCGAGUGUGAUCCUCAGCGUCUCCAGUAAGACGUCCACAGUCCAGUCCCGAUUAGGAGAACCUGUCCUCCUGGACUGCGGGUUCUGGGUGGACCCUUCCUCGCCCCUGCACGGUUCUGGCUUUGCUGUGGAGUGGCGCUACCAGUUCAGGGGCGAGGGCAGGCUCAUCUUGGCCUACGACGCCAAGAGCGAUCGAUUCGCAGAGUCUUCGGAGAGCGGUGCCGAUCUAGAUGUCGUCGGGCUGCACGAGACAGGAAACGCGUCGCUGGUUCUAAAGGAGGCGCAAGUGAGGCACUCUGGGACGUACAUCUGCACCGUUUAUCUACCCCACCUGCUGGCUCAGGUGGCCAUGGAACUGGAGAUAGUGGAACCCCCGUCCCUCGCCGUGUACCCGUCCCCUCUCCCCCUGACCAUCCCCGGCCAGGUGGUGACGGUGCACUGCGAGGCGUCCGGUUUCUCUCCUCUGGGUCUGGAACUGAGCUGGGAGUUCAAUGAUACGGACGGUAAGACUCGAUCUCUCGGCCCUGGCAGAAUCUCGGGACACAGGCAGUCCAGAGACGGGACCUACAGCCAGAGCUCCCGUCUGGAACUGGAUCCCAGCAGGAUGGGACUCGGCCGGGGCGGGCAGAUCACGUGUGAGGCCAAUCACCAGGGAGGAAACGGACGUGUCAGUGUGCCUCUUAAUGUGAUUGGAGUGGGUUCUCCCACUAUAGAGGACUCUAUGGCCAUGGUGGCUGUGGGACUGGUGCUGUAUGGUGUGAUUAAGCUUCUCUUCUGGAUUUUCAGCUCUGCUGACGCCAGUGAUGUUGACUCCAGUGAAAAGAAGGAUAACUAAUCCUGACACUCAGCACGUCUUCAUGGAUCAACAACCAACCAUCAGUGUCUGCAGCUGCUGAGAAAACGAACAUCUGUAAAUAAACCUGUGAAUUCAGAUUCUCACUUUUUCAGUGCAAUUAAAUUCUUUAUGAUUUAAUGUUUGCUCUAAAUUUGUGGGGUUUUUUUAGAUCUACUGUAAUUUUCAGGGUGUUUAUUGUUUAUUUCUUUCUUUUUAAACAAUAGUUUUUAUUUUUUGAUUUGCACUAGCAGUUUUUGCAUCUUUAUUGUGUUUUUGCUUUUGUAUAGCUGGUAGUACAUUUGAUGAAUAAUACGUGCAAGUAGAUUGGGAGAUAAAAGGGGAACGCAAUCCAGAAAACAGGAACAAUUGCUGUAAAAUUUGAUUGUUUCCAAAAACAAACAAAAAAAACAACAUGGUAGAAAGAAAGCGUUUUUUUCUUGAUAAAAAUUAACUGAAACUUGGUGCAACAUUCCUAAAUAUCACAUUUAAACUUUAAGGUGUUUAUGGCAGAGGUAAAAUCGUCUUUCUUCAGUAAAUCUAUUCACAGAAAAUGAGUUAUUUAUAUUGUACACUGUGCAAAAACAGUAAAACAGUAACCACACCAACCACAAAAUAUUAUCUGGUUCUGAUUCAUUAAAAUGUACAAAUUAUUUAUUUUUCAGUGUUGCUGAGUUUGUUUUGUAAAAACAUGAUCACAUCCUGAAACAGAAUCCACUUGUUUUUCACCUCCGCCUGUAUGUUACGGAUCAGGACAGCUUGUUGGCCAUUAUUACUUAUUUAUUACAGGUUUUUAUUACUAUUAUGAUUCUGUUUCUCAUUAUUCAGAAAGUUUCAUUAUUUCUUUACCCUCGUCUUUGAGCCCAGCUCAGUCUGAAUCAGGUAUGAUUGUGUUGUAGUUUCUAAAAAAAAAAAAGUGUAAAGUGUAAAAUAAAAGAAAACUGGGGAA